GCCAGCUGCAAUUGCAUAACUGUUUUUGCUCCCUGGAUUUUAGACAUUUAUGUGUGUGACGGAUGUUCUUAAAUUAUUUGUGGUCUCUGAAAGCUGUAAAGAAAAGACUUUGAAUUAACAUUUUUUACAAUUAAAUAAACGCUGACGCAAACGCUGCUUUAAGAUGUCUGACUGGGACGAAAAGUCAACUGAUGAUGGCUGGUGCAGUAAGCCAGCGGCCCCGGCUCCGGCCAAGGAAGUUUUGGGCUGGGAUGAUGAGGAGGACACCAACAAAGGUGGUGACGGUGAUGGCGAUCGGAAUGGCAGGGGUCGCCGCGACGACAGAAGUCGCGGCAGUGGUUAUCGCGGUGGACACGACAACCGUAGCGAUGGCUUUCGCGGCGGACGCGACAACGAAGGCGGUGGUUACCGCGGAGGACGCGACAACGAAGGCGGUGGUUACCGCGGAGGACGCGACAACGUUGCUGGCGGUGCCGGCGGCGGCGGCUUUCGUAAUCGUCGCGAUAAUGAUGGCGGUGGCAAUCGUGGCCGUCGCGACUACGACAAUGACGGUGAAGAGCGUCGCGGUGGGUUUGGAGGCGGUGGCGGCGGCGGCUUCAAUCGUGGAGAUCGCGACGAUCGUGAUGGCGGCGGGGACCGCGAAGAACGCGGUGACGAUCGUCGUCGUCGUCGUGAUGGUGACAAUGAUUUGAAUAAUAACGAGGAGGAUGGCGGCAAGGCACGCGAGUUCUACAUUCCGCCGGAUCCGUCUAAUGAAGAGUCUGACGUCUUCAGUAGCGGUAUUUCUUCGGGCAUUAAUUUUGGCAAAUACGAUAAUAUACCAGUCAAGGUUACUGGCGAAAAUGUGCCAGCUCCUAUUAAGGCUUUUAGCGAAGCCAAUCUUCGCGGCAUUAUAAGCGAGAACGUGACCAAGUCUGGCUAUAAGGUGCCAACACCUAUACAGAAGGUGUCUAUUCCCAUCAUUUCGGCUGGACGCGAUAUGAUGGCUUGCGCCCAGACGGGCUCGGGCAAGACUGCUGCAUUUUUGCUACCGAUUCUAAGCUAUAUCUUAGAAGAAAAUAUCGGUAUGGAAAUUGGUAAACCGUUGGCUGUUAUCAUGUCGCCAACACGCGAACUAGCUAUUCAAAUAUAUAAUGAGGCUAGGAAGUUCUCAUUCACUUCAUAUUUGAAGAUAGCUAUUGUUUAUGGAGGUACUUCUGUAAAGCACCAGAAUGAUUCGAUCACCAAGGGGUGCCACGUCCUCAUUGCUACUCCGGGACGUUUGCUUGACUUUGUUAAUCGUACCUUUAUAACAUUCACGAAUACACGUUUCGUUGUCCUCGAUGAGGCGGAUCGCAUGCUGGACAUGGGAUUCGCUGAUAGCAUGCGCCAAAUGAUGACCCAUAUCACCAUGCGCCCGGAGCAUCAGACACUCAUGUUCUCGGCCACGUUUCCCGAAGAGAUUCAGCGCAUGGCCGGUGAGUUCCUCAAGGAUUACGUAUUUGUGACCAUUGGUGUCGUCGGUGGCGCCUGCUCCGAUGUGGAGCAGACUUUGUACCAGGUGUCCAAGUUCAAGAAGCGUGCCAAGCUAUUGGAAAUAUUGCGUGAUGGUGCUGAUGGUACAAUCGUUUUUGUGGAGACUAAACGCGGUGCGGACUUUCUGGCUUCAUUUUUCUCGGAGACCGAGUUCCCUACAACUUCUAUUCAUGGCGAUCGAUUGCAGAGCCAACGGGAGCAGGCGUUGAGGGAUUUUAAAAUGGGGAAAAUGAAAGUUCUCAUCGCCACCUCAGUCGCCUCCCGUGGAUUGGACAUCAAGAAUGUCAAACAUGUCAUCAAUUAUGAUUUACCUGCAAAUAUCGAUGAUUAUGUUCAUCGCAUUGGCCGCACCGGACGCGUGGGCAACAAUGGACGUGCCACUUCGUUCUUUGAUCCUGAUCAUGAUCGCGCUCUAGCCGGUCCGCUCAUCAAGAUACUUGAGGGCGCCAAGCAACCGGUGCCCGAUUUCCUACGGGAAAUUGGUAGCGGCUUUGACGGCGGCUGCGGCUCCGCUUUCGGUGGCCUCGACGUGCGCGGCAAGUCUGGCGGAUGCGCGGUCAACUUGGAACUGGAAGAGGAGUGGUAGACGGAAACAUGAGAGCGCCGCUUUGCCGCAAGAAUAAUUAGUUUAUAAGCCUAGCAUAUCAUAGAAUGCUAAUAUUAACAAAUAAUGCAAAAGAAUGCAUUCUCUUACAUUAUUAUUUUCAAACAACACUUUAAACACACCAAAAUUGCUGUUGCGUACGUUUCAAACCCACAACGACUACCUUUUAUAACCCGAAAUAUGCAUAAGAUAUGCCACCUGAUUCAAUUUUAAAAUACAACAAAAUGUAUUACAGACAUUUAAUAAUAAAACAUUAACGAAAACGGAAA